CUGCCUCACGGAGCCGCAGCGCCUGCCUAUUCCCCACCUGUAGCUCAAAGAAAUCCGCUAACAUUUAAGAAAGACUACAUUUUGAUAGAGCUGCUGCGCAGGCGACCUGUUGCAACAUUCCUACAGCUUUGACAGCUCCUGGUCUUCCCUUGUUCGGCCCAUUUAGGCUUAACUCUAAGUGCUCGGAGUCUUUUCUCUCGAACUGCGCAUUAGAUGCAGGCGCACAAGCGCGUGGCCUUCUAGAAGUCUAUGUUUUUGGUUGCGACCUUGUUACCGCUACCAUCUGGAUUAGCACUUGCUAUCUGAAGCAUUAGCUAGCUCAGCUGUACACUUGGGGCAUUGAGAGGAGGUGCAGGAAACUACAAGCAAAAUGCAGUCUCCGGGCGGGCCAUCCACGCUCUUUGCGGGGCUGCAGAGACCCUUCAGCGCACGACGUAAGAAGACUGAGGAUAUGACGGCAGCGGAUGCGGGUCAGCAAGGCGCAGAGCAGCCCAGCGUGAGCGAGGCGACACGGGUUCGCGUUGAAGCGGCAAAACAGUACAUUGAAAACAUGUACAACUCGCAGCGUCAGGCCAUGGCGGAGCGCCAUGCACGGCGGAGCGCUGUGGUUCAGGAGCUGCAGCGUGAGGGGCUGCCGGAGGACCAGAAGCGGCAGAUCCUGAGCGAGCUCGAAAAGCGCGAAAGCGACUUCACGCGGCUGCAGCGGCAGCGCAUGACGGCAGAGGACUUUGAGGCGUUGAGCAUUAUUGGGCGUGGCGCAUUUGGCGAGGUCCGCAUUGUGCGGGAGAAGACAACAGGCAAGAUCAUGGCAAUGAAGAAGUUGAAGAAGGCGGAGAUGCUCAAGCGCGGGCAGGUUGAGCACGUCAAGGCGGAGCGCAACGUGCUGGCGGAGGUUCAGAACCCCUACAUUGUCAAGCUGUACUACAGCUUCCAAGAUGAGGACCACCUCUACCUGGCCAUGGAGUACCUGCCGGGCGGCGACACCAUGACGCUGCUCAUGCGCAAGGACAUCCUCAGCGAGGAGGAGACGCGCUUUUACAUGGCGGAGACCAUCCUCGCCAUCGAGUCCAUCCAUAAAGCCGGCUACAUCCACCGCGACAUCAAGCCGGACAACUUGCUGCUCACGCGCGACGGGCACGUCAAGCUGAGCGACUUCGGGCUGUGCAAGCCGGUGGACGUGCAGGCACUGCCCACGCUAGCGGAGGGCGAGGAGUUCAACGAUCCCACGUUGAUGCCGUCGACCUCGUUGCGGCCACAGGCGGAGCAGCUCGCGCACUGGCAGAAGAAUCGGCGGCAGCUGGCGUUCUCGACGGUGGGCACGCCCGACUACAUCGCGCCCGAGGUGCUGCUGAAGAAGGGCUACGGCAUGGAGUGCGACUGGUGGUCGCUGGGCGCAAUCAUGUUUGAGAUGCUGGUGGGGUACCCGCCGUUCUACUCGGACGAGCCGCUGACCACAUGCCGCAAGAUUGUCAACUGGCGCAUGUUCCUGCGCUUCCCGGACGAGGCCCGGCUAUCGCCGGCGGCGCGCGACCUCAUCUGCCGGCUCAUGUGCGACGUGGAGGAGCGGAUAGGGACGCGCGGCGGCGUGGAGGAGAUUAAGAGCCAUCCGUUCUUCGCGGGCGUGGACUGGGUGCAUCUGCACCAGACACAGGCACCGUUUGUGCCGCGCGUUGACCACGACCUGGACACCCAGAACUUUGAGAACUUUGACGAGGAGAUGCACCACCACCACGGCGGUCUCGACCGCAGUGGCAGCGGGCGCAGCAACAAGUGGCUGGCCCAGGCUGACCCCAAUUUCAUCGGCUACACGUACAAGAGCUGGGAGGCGGUCACGCCGGGAGAGCAAGGUCUGGCGGCUCUGGCGCUGAAGAAGAAGUCGGCCAGUCGGCCCAGCCUUACGCAAGUGCAGACUAACCUGCAGUCCAUGGCUCUGGAAGGCGCGGCGGCGCAACACCACCAUGCGCUGUGAUGGCCGCGGGCUAGACCAGUGUCGCACGUUGCCUGUGCGGGUCAGGAAUGGGCGUUGGUGCGGUUUGUGCUGGCAGCAACCGCUGUCAGCUUCGUUGGAGGUCGAGACACAGGCGCAGACCGGAGGAGUUGUGGGCGCUACGUGGGGCCUCGGGUUUAGUUUUAAUGUUUCAUGAGUGCAAGCUGUAAUGUUUGGGGGUCGGAGGAGAGAAUGUGAGGUUACGGACAUGCAUUUCGAUUUCUGUGGCGGCUCCGGAUCUCAAGUGCAGUGGAGUGAUCUAAUAAACGUGGGACACAAGGUACGGCUGGUAGGCUGGACGAGAACGAUGGUCCGAUAUGGUCGGGCUCAAUAAAUACUUGGGACAGCAGGAGGGCUGAUAGUGCUGCUGAGGGGGACGCAUGGGGAAGUACUAGUGGGUACAAGCCAGGGGGCCAGCGGCGUUGGGGGCUUAGGAUCCAUUGUACAUUCAUUUGACAGACAAGGCACGUAGUUCUGUAGUAGUCCAAUAUAAGGCUCCAUGCCUUGUCCGUGGGCCGUGUCCUUUGCAAAAUCGUCGGAGUAAAUGAAGGUGCUGGGUUCACCGUGGUGCACCAGGCCGCCCGUGAGGUGUGCGCGCAACAAUAGGCUGCGUCGUCAACAAUAGGGUACGUCGGCCACAACUGUGGCCCACAAAACAUUAUGUGAGGUGGACGCGAGGCGCGUUGCUGAACAAUACGGUAUUGCAGAUGGCCCUAUUAACGUGGGGGCAUGUCGCAACCGUGGAGGACACUGUAACCUGCUCAAUGAUUCCUUCUUAGGCUUCAGU